GUAGUAGCAGUCUGCCCGUGGUGCGGUCGGUGGUGGGUACACUGGUGGCCGGGACAGGACAGCGCUACAUGGGGGACGCAGGCGACAGUGGCUGGCACCACCGCUCCUACAACCAGGAGAGACAAAACCGCACUCUGGAGAAAUCUCUGCGUCUCCACGACGCUCCUCUGUCGGGGAUUGACUGGAUGAAAUAACCAAACCGAGCAUGCACACAUCGCAUUUGAGUGUCUUCUCCUCUGAGCAUGGACUGACCAAAUCCCUCUCUGGAUGAUUUGAUGGGGCUGCUCAGAGUCAUGAUGCCGCCCAAGUUGCAGCUUCUGGCGCUGCUGGCAUUCGCAGUGGCCAUGUUCUUCCUGGAGAACCAGAUCCAGAAGCUGGAGGAGUCCCGGGGAAAGCUCGAACGAGCCAUCGCCAGACACGAGGUACGAGAGAUCGAGCAGCGGCACACACAGGACGGUCUACGAGAAAGGGACUCGUCGCUCUUGUCGUCGCUUGACAACGAAGAUGACAUCGUCAUCAUCUACAACCGCGUGCCCAAGACGGCCAGCACCUCCUUCACCAACAUCGCCUACGACCUGUGCGGGAAGAACCACUACCACGUCCUGCACAUCAACACCACCAAGAACAACCCGGUCAUGUCCAUACAGGACCAGGUUCGGUUUGUAAAGAAUGUGACUGAGUGGAGGGAAAUGAAGCCGGCUUUCUACCACGGACAUGUCUCCUUCCUCGACUUCACCAAGUUUGGGAUAAAGAGGAAGCCCAUCUACAUAAACGUGAUCCGGGACCCCAUCGAAAGGCUCGUAUCCUAUUAUUACUUUUUACGUUUUGGGGACGACUACAGGCCCGGCUUGAGACGCAGGAAACAAGGAGACAAGAAGACGUUUGAUGAAUGUGUAUCAGCCGGCGGCUCAGACUGCGCCCCUGAGAAGCUCUGGCUCCAGAUUCCCUUUUUCUGUGGUCACUACUCUGAAUGCUGGAAUGUGGGCAGCCAGUGGGCUCUGGAGCAGGCGAAAUACAACCUGGUGAAUGAAUACAUGCUGGUCGGAGUAACAGAGGAGCUGGAGGACUUUGUCAUGAUGCUGGAGGCCGCGCUGCCACGCUUCUUCAAAGGAGCCACUGAGCUGUACAAAACAGGGAAGAAAUCCCACCUGAGGAAGACCAGUGAGAAAAAGCCGCCCACAAAGGAGUCUAUCGCCAAGUUGCAGCAGUCUGCCAUCUGGAAGAUGGAGAACGAGUUCUAUGAGUUUGCAUUGGAGCAGUUCCAGUUUGUCAGGGCACAUGCAGUCAGAGAAAAGGAUGGGGAGCUCUACCUGCUGGCACAAAACUUCUUCUAUGAGAAAAUCUACCCCAAAAACUAAAAGAAAGACGUGUUCGUAGAAGAACAUGGCGGGGUCAGAUGUACACUCAAAAAGAAAAGGAAAACGAGACUACUGGUGACUGUGUGGCUGGUUUGUACGUGUGAUUGAGAACAUAAGGUGCUGCUGCAGAAACAAUCCGCCUCUGACGCAGCGAUCAGACUGGUAACCGCUCUGUUUUUCCACGUUUGUGCCAGCCAACAGUUUGCGUCAGCAGGUUGUGUUCCCAGCAGCCCCCACGGGCCUCAACUCCCUUUCACUUCCAUUUCAAAGGUCGUCUGCGCAGAGGGCUUCUGCCGACACAUGUCAGGAGACGGCCUGUCCUACAGCUGGUCUGACCUCGACUCCUGAUCGGCUUUGCUGUUCUCUGAUCCAGACAAAACAUUUUCAUUGGCUCUGUACUGUUUGGUUGUGUUUGAUUGUGUUUUAAUUCUUUACUAUGGUUGUCUUUUGUAUGUAAAGAUGGUGACAUUCUUCAUGGUGAAAACAACAUCCCCAUGCCUCGCCACUACUACUAACUUAAAGAGAUUUUAAGUGUAAGAAACUGACUACUGUGCUGUAUUAUUGGACUUGAAUGAGAACUUUUGAGGUUUUUAUGAAAUAAAAAUCCUGUGACCAUGGACUAUUUACUGGGGCAAGUGCGUAUGUUUUAUACUGUACUGUUGGAUGACUCGUAAUGUGCAGCUUUGCCCAGAGGCUUUUCCUCCGCUAUGAAGGAAGCAUUUACACUUGAUAUUAUUGAAGUGUGUGAAAAGGUGAAGAUGCUGCUGCUGUAAAUAUUUACUACUUUUUUCAGUCUGUUGCUACAGUAUAAAACCAACCCAUUUAUACUGUUAACACCCUUUUUAAAGUUAGUCUGCAUUUUUAUCAUGUUUGUACAUUUAUUUCAUUUCACUUUUUAGUCGGCAUUUAAAUUUUUUUUGUCAUGUUCUUUUCAUUGUAGAACCAGUUAAACAUGAGAGUCUGCUAAUAUGUUACUCUGCUGCUUAAAGGAAUAUUCAGUCAUUUUGGGAAAAAGUAUAUUUGCUUUCUUAUCAGGAGUUGCAUGAGACGCUUGAUACCGUUAGCUUAGCAUAGCUUAGCACAAAGACUGUAAACAUCAGGAAACCUUUAGCUUGUCACAUAUUUGUUUGACUUCACAUUUUGUACAGAUCAAACUAACAAGAUAUAACGUGUUAAUUUGUGAGUUUUUGGACAGAGCCAGGCUAGCUGUUUCCCCUUGUUUCUAGUCUUUAUGCUAAGCUAACCUAGCAGCAGCAUUAUAUUUAGCAUUGUUCUCGAUCUUGUGAGCAAGAAAGCAGAUUUCCCAAAAUGACAAACUAUUCCUUAAAAAACUCUGCUCUUUGUCCACAUAAAAGAUGGUGGUGAAGUUGGUAAUAACUUUGCUAAUUUGCUUGUAUAAAUUUCUUCUCUCGUUUUUCUUUAAGAUUGAGUUUACUGCAGUUUUAAUGGUCUUUUAUUUGCCAGUUAAAGUUCUUCUCUGCCCUUCAUGAAUUGCUAACGGUUUACAGAAAAUUUUAAAGUGACAUAAUGUUGCCCUCUCACCUAAUUCACCUCUGUAAUUCUACUGGAUGUACCGUCACGUCACAGUACCUGAAGUAUUUAUAUAUUCAGAUGAAGAGCGAUCUGGUUUUCAUCUGGGGACAUGCUGUAGUUUGUGUGCCUUCUCUACACCAGGCUCUCCUUGUUGUGUUGCAGCUUUUGUCAGAUGGGACAUAAAAACAACAUAGCUGCCAUGGCUGUUUUCAUCUUUUGAUUGCCCCCCCAAAAAUAUACAGAACGUUUGUGAAAAAACUACCAAAGAAUUGCAUGUGUGUUCCUUAAUUUAACACAAAUGUCUGUGCAUCGUCAUCAUCAAGCGGCACAACAGAGCAGCGAGUGGUUUGUGACAGAUAAAGCUGCUACUGUGAAAAUGAAAGCUGGAUUAUUUCAAGGCUGGUAUCCUGCAGAGGGAGAUAAAGAGCUGCCAGCUCUGCUGCUGCCUCUGCUGGUGUUUCUCUGUGUGUGUAUCCAUUUUUACAUCCUUUCCAGAUCCUCCAAGAGUAUUUUUUAUUUUAUUUUUAUUUUUUGCAUUUCAUACAGUGUUUGCAGUGAAUAUUGGUACAACUUAUUAUAAAGGUAUAGCAGGUUGUCAUA